AUGUGUAAUCCACAGCAACACGAACAACAACAGCAGCAGGAGCAGCAGCAAAAUGUGGCUGCAACCAGCUCGACCACGCCCACAGCCGCCUACGCGCUAUACUUGCAUCGAGAGGAGCUGCGGCGCCGCAAGGCGCACUCGGCCCGCGCCUCCGCCACAAAGAUACAGCUGACCAGCGAGCUGAUCGCGCGCACAAAGCAGAAUAUACGAGUCUGCAGCUUUGAGGAUCUGGAGAUACUCGCCAGGGAGACGAUCUUCAAGAAGAGCCUGCAACGGCAUCUGCACUAUCGACGCAUGCAGCUGCAGGCCUGGCUGCUGGCCAGGAAGCAGGGCAAGAUCCUCAAACAGGAAUCGAAGAGAAGCAACUGA